GUACAUGUUGUCGUAGCAACCAAAAGUAAAUAAAUACCGAAUACAAAACAGAAAAAAACAAAGAAAAACGGCCUAAACAUGCCAAAAGUAAUAUUUCAGAAGUACAAAAAGUUUUCACAGACCAUUGAUCCCAGUAAGCAUGCAGAAAAAUUAAAAGAAAUUGAGGAGCGCCGCGCAAUGGAAGCGGCGGAAGACUGCGGAGAAUAUGAAUACGAGGGAAUGGAAGAGGAUGAAAAGGGUUCUAUAGAGGCUGAAAGCGAAUUUAGUUUAUCCGAAGGAGACCCAGCCCUAAUAAUUGGACGAAUCGAUCUUUCAUUUCCCGAGGCCAUCGAAGAGUUCCAAAAUAGUCCUCAAUGCUUCCCGCCUACUUACUAUACACUCUCUCCAAAAGAGCGACUUCUGUUGCUUUAUGCUGAGAACUUUCGCAAACAGUUUGUCCUGAGUCAUCCCCGUCGCCGUGCAGUGGUUUUAGCAUUGCCUAAUGAAUGUGGUGUUCAGAAAUUUGUUUCUACAACGAUAAGACCCACCGCAUUUAUAUAUCCAGAGCUCAUAUCAAGCGUUGAAAGCAUUGCAAAAUUUGUGGCAGAUUUUGUCCAGUACGAACCAAUGGUGGAUACAAUUAAUCUGCCAACACGACUUAUAUCACCGGACACAUUAUUACGCAAGCGCCGUGGAAACUCAUAUGAAAUGGCGACAUUAUUGGUUAGUAUGCUUAUUGGGGCGGGACAUCCUGCUAUGGUGGUUUCGGGUGUGGCCCGUGAAGAUACUAUACUUAAUGACCAGCAAAAUGUACCGUACCCUUAUCUAAUCGAGAAGAAGGAGUCUGAAGAAAAACUAAAAGAAGAUAAUGAACAAAAUCUAAAGUACAAGCUGCGGCCACUCCCAGAUUUGGAAAGUCAUCUAGAAGAGCAAAUGGCCGAGGUGCAUAGACUAAAAGCACAAGAGGACAUUCGCAUCAGAGAGGAGAUUUUGCAGAAACACUUAGCGGACAUGGAACUUUUGGCUGUAGAUCGUUAUCACUAUCGCCGUUCUCAUGCAUGGGUAGCGAUCAUAAACAAUGCUCCGUGGAGUGUAAAGCCAAAGAUAACGUAUACGAAUGUAAAUGGAGACGUGGUGGAGGCACCACCAAGUGCUUUAUUUAUAGAGCCAUCGACUGGAUUCAUCUGUGAGGCGGGCUGCAAGCAAUAUAUUUUGGUGGACAGCGUCUGGAAUCAAUAUAACUAUUAUAUAAAUAAGCAAGCCUACCAGCGUGUUGGCGACCUGCGCUGGGACCUGCGCGACACUAACGAUUGGGAGCAUAUGCUGCCUGGUGAGCCACCUGAGAUGCGCACCUACAACACAGAUUCUGAUGAGAAUUUGGUGGAUGGUGAGCAAGAUGUAAAUGAGGAGAAACACUUGGACGCUAUUGUCAACUGGGUGAAUAGACUGCACAUUGGCCUGGCGGACUUCGAGCAACGUUUUCCAAACUCGGAGAAAAGAGUUCAGUAUAAGGGUGUUAUUCACGAACGAUUUUCACCAUACUCCCAAAUAGAUGGCAAAAUCAUGCAACUAACGAUAUUUAAAAACGAUGAUUGUACCGAUAUAAAAACCCGAUUUGAAUAUUAUGAAAACCGCGCAGAUUUCAUGAAGUACUUGCAGUAUAAAAUCGAUACAGAUCUUUAUGAGGAGGGAUUUAGCAAGGGACGGAACGACAGCCUUCGAUCUAUGCAGUAUUAUGCUGAUUCGUCAAAAAUUAGAAAAUUAUAUUUUUCUCCAGACGCGCGACUUGACUCACUCGAGUCAAUAGAAAUCAGUCCAGGACAGAUUGUGCUACGGUAUAAUGGACGUGGUGACAAUUGUUGGUACAAAGAGUUUGAGUUUAAGCCUCCUGCUGGUGCACUUAAGAAGGUCAUUGAAAAGUUUCAUCCCAUGCAAGAGGGUGAUAUUGGAGGAAAUGAUAUAGCUUGUCGGACGUUUCUAAUUCAGCAAAAUAAAAUUGUGCUGAGAUUCAAUUAUACCUUUGGGGCAUUAACGGCCACAACUGUGGAAUUCACAAAGCCACCAAAGGCGGAUUAUGGUCAAGAGCUUGUGUACGAUGAGAAACUAACAAAAAUCUAUAGAGCUAAUCCUUUGGAUCCCAUGCGUACAAAUUUGGAAUUAUAUAGACUGUUGAUUGAACAACUAAAGGCGGAGGACCGCAUAAAGAAACAAUUUGAAAAAUUACAAGAUGACAUCGCGGCUAUUUUCGAUCAGCGUCGAUUCGAAAAGGCUGAACCAAAGCUUAAGUUUAGUAUAUUUGAUCCACUGCGUAAUGAAGCAGCUCGAGCAAUACGAAUGCAACAGCACGCGGAAGAAGAAGAACACAAGCGGGACAUGGCAAGCAAGCCAGCGGAUUUUUUGGCUCCCUACUUGGUACCAUUCAAAGAUAAGGUAUUGAAUCCUGAAGAAUCUCUGAUCAUUUACAAUGCCUGCCUUAACGAUUUAAAAACCCGCUUUGUUACCCUGCUAAAUAUAUUACAAAGACAAUAUGAAGACUUGACUAGCGAAUCAAAGUCAUUGAAUCGUUUCCUUAACAAAUUCGAAAAUCAAUUUGAUAAUUUUGACUAUAAUCAUCUGGUAACGCAGGCCAAGGACUUGGAGCUUAAGAAACGCAUGGUACAACAACGUUUGACACUCACUCAUCAGGAGUCUCAAAAGAAAUAUGAAUGGGUGAAGGCCUCUCUACAGAAGGAUGAACGACUCAAUUUAAAAAGGGAGGAGGAGAAUACAUCUGAAGAGUCCAAAUAGAUAUUGUCCUUGUCAUAAUACAUACAUAUAUAUUUAUAUAGAGUUAUAUGUAUAUUAAUGUGAUUUUGUGUGUGUGAAAGUAAGAGGGAAGAGAAGAGAAUUAA